AUUAAAUAUAAAUUAGUGAUCAAAAGUGUCGAAAUGUUUGAAUACAUUGAAUGAUUUAAUUAUGAAAGUAAUCCCUAAAAGACAACAAUGUUGUCAUCAAAUGUAUUGAAUCGGUCUUUGAAUGUCUUGAUUGGCGAUAAAUAUCAUACCAUUAAUGGUCUUAAGCUCACUACAAGUGUAUGUCGUUAUAAAAGUAGACCAUUUGGUGACAAUCACUUAAAAUUGUUGGCCUUAAGACACAACUAUUUAAUGAAAUAUUUUAGCAGAGAUUUGUCUUCACAAGAAGACAAACUAAAAAGUAGUGAUGUGUUGAAUAAGACAUUACCGACUAAACAGACGUCUGUAGCUUACAAUCUAAAUGACAGCCAGAAAUCAGAUGAUCAGAGCUCAGGAUUGGUUGGUAUUCAGCGGUGGAAAACUGGAUCACAUCAGGAAGUUAAGCAAUGGAUCACUAUUUAUCAGUUCCCAUACAUCUAUCAGUUGAGAUCAUAUCAAAGAGUAAAGUUAUGGAUGAGUGUAUUGAGUGUAAUAUUAGUUCCGACAACUUAUGUCUUUUACGCCAUUGAUUUGAUACCAUUAGACGCUUGCAAUACAUACACAAUUAUGGGCUUCUUCUCGGUGUCGAUGCUGUAUGUCAUCGGAUAUAUGUUUCGCCAUUUUGUUGGUCGUAUAUAUAUCUCAAAUGAUAAUCAAUUGGUACGAUUGGGUCACUUGACAUUCUUCGGCAAUCGAAAAGACAUUGAAAUCCAAUUGUCAGAUGUGGUGCCACUCAUUGAUAGUAACAACCAAUUAGACGACUGGUUUUGUCGUAUUGAACAAUAUAGUUGUAAUAAUCAAUGGUUUAUAUCAUUAAAAUUUGGAGGAAUUAAAGAUCAACACAACUUUGACAAAGUUUUCGGUAAAAAGUAG